GUGAUUAAUUAAUUUUUAUGAUUGUGAGUUGUAACUUUAAAAUUUGUUGGAAAAAUAUUUAAAUUAAAUUCACAAAAAUUGUUUAAUAUCAGUGCUAUUUCAACUAUUGGAUCGUCGUAUACAGACAAUCGAAUACAUGUGGCUUUUCCUUGAUAAAUAUUUUUUUGUGAAAUGUUGAUAACUAUUUACCACAUUAAGUGUCGAUAUCGCAAAACACGGACGUUUAUAACUUCUAACGCUUAUCUGAAUUAAUUAUAAAAACUUUUACAAUGCGUGUAAACUUACGCAAAUUUUUAAUUAUCGGCAUAUGUGUAAUAUGUGCUUGGCUUCUCUUUACAUACACUUCUAUUAUACGUUCAUAUUUUUCGGUUCCUAAAGACAGUUCUAAAAAAUCAUUAGUUGAAUUGGAAACUAGACUGAAGAAAUUACAAGAACAGUUAGAUAAUGAUAUGAGUUGGGGUAACAAAUUAUUAAAUAAAAUGAAACAUCAUUUAAAAAAGCAAACUGAAAAACAAUUUGUGGUUGAACAGGAUAGUAGUCUUGACAUUAAAAGUUUAAAUCCAAUCCUUCCAGUAUUAGUGAUUGCUUGUGACAGAAUAACAGUGAAGCGGUGUUUAGAUAAUUUAGUUAAAUUUAGACCGGAUAAAGAAACUUUUCCAAUUAUAGUUAGUCAGGAUUGCGGUCACAACGCGACGUACCAAAUGAUUAGGUCCUACACAGAUUCUGAUCCAUCGAUAUCGGUGGUGCAGCAGCCGGACCUCUCAGAAAUACCGCUGACGCGAGCGAAAGCUAAAUUCAAAGGGUAUUUUAAAAUAGCCCGCCAUUACCGAUUCGCGUUGAAUUACAUAUUCCGGCAUUUAGGACAUGAGGCUGUGAUUAUUGUUGAAGACGAUUUGGAUAUAUCACCGGACUUUUUUGAAUAUUUUCUCGGUACCUAUCCAUUAUUAUUAAGAGAUCCAAGUAUAUGGUGCAUAUCAGCAUGGAACGACAAUGGAAAGAAGGAAUUGAUAGAUAUAAAUCGUCCAGAACUCCUUCAUAGAACUGAUUUCUUUCCUGGAUUGGGCUGGAUACUUAGGAGUGAGACCUGGGACCAGUUGGAAAGUAAAUGGCCUGAGGCUUUUUUUGACGACUGGUUAAGAGAUCCGCAGAAUACCGAAGGUCGUUCGUGCAUCAGACCCGAAGUGUCAAGAACUUACUCGUUUGGAAAGGUUGGAGUGAGUAAAGGUCUAUUCUUCGACCUCCACUUGCGAUAUAUGCAGCUUAAUGCCGAAUUUGUCGAAUUCACAAAAUUGAACCUCACUUAUCUCAUCAAAGACGUAUACGACGACAACCUAACAUCACUGGUUGCUGCACUGCCGGAGUCUUCAGCCGAGGAUGUGAUAAUGGGUUAUGGAACUGGUCCAGUUCGGGUCGAAUACAGUAACGCUAAGAGUUAUCAGCGAGCUGCUAAGAAACUUGGCUUGAUGGACGAUUUUAGGAGCGGAAUACCGCGGACGGCUUACCGUGGCAUUGUGACAUGUUUCAUAAAAGGGCGUCGGGUAUAUUUGGCCCCGAGCUAUGAAUGGACUAAAUACGACCCCAAUUGGGGCUAACACUGGUAACGGCUCAUCAUUUAUUGAUAAAAUGAUCUAUUGAGCCUUUUAAACUGAAUGUAUAUCAGAAUGCCAAUCAAAUGUGUCAGAAACUUAAUAGAACAAUGUGAUGGACCACUUCCGGAAAUAAUUGCAGCUUAUUUGAAAAUCAUAUUUUUUAUUUAUUGUCAUAGAUUUAUGCGUCUAUUUUAACAUUCCAUCGAGAUAUUUCAAUGAAGUAUUGUUUUAAUUACAUUCGCGUUAGAAUGACGUUGACGUCAUGUCAUGUGUCAUGUUUAUGUCAUUAUUCUAGCAGCUGACAUUUAAAUUAGUAUUUAGUAUCGUCCUUGACAAUCCCAUGUAGUGUGUAGCAAAUAAAAUAUGGCUAGGAUCAGACGAUCACCAUACAUCAUCUUCCUUGAGAUCUAGUAAAUAUUUAUUGAUGUGUAAACGCGACAAAAAUAAAUUUGACAUAAAAUCAAGAUUUUUUGUGAUUCAUCAAUAUCUGUAAAUAUUUAUUGACUGUGCGUGU